CACGCGCAAGGUCACAUGGAGGCAAACUUCUGAGCUUCUUAAUAAAGAUGAGUGCUGACUCAGAACACUUGCUGUCAGAAGGAAAAGUGAAUUUAUUCGUCGCUUUGUUUUUUAAAAAGUAAAACAGAGCAAUAAAUAAAAGGCUUUUCCUUAGCAAAAUUACUCCAGGAAUGAAACUUGAACAUUAGCAGAUGAGGUUUAUUUGACUAGCUUCACGUGAUUACGAGUUCCCAUAGUAACCGUAAACAGCGCGAGCUCCGACAGUCAGACGGACAGGUUAGCUAAAAUAACAGUUUCCUGAAACCUUUUAGACGAUCGAAAGUUAAAAUGAACAUGAUUACUUCUACUGAUUCUUUGCUGAAGUAUGACAACCCAGAGCUGGUGAGCAAAAACACCGAGAGGAAAUCACCAAAGGCUCGGCCUCUGAAGGCGAGUUCCCAGCACCCUGCCAGUUCCACCACCACUGGUCCAGUUCCACCACCACCCAAACCCAAAAGCCCUUCAUCUGAUGCCGUUAACCAGCAAGCAGAAGAGAUUCUUAAUGCCAUCCUACCACCAAGAGAAUGGACGGAGAAUAAUCAGUUGUGGGUACAGCGGGUGUCCAGCAUGCCAUGCACCCGGACAGACGUCAUUCAUCUGCAAGAGGAACUGGAUCUCAAACUGCAGCAGAGACAGGCCAAAGAUACGGGCAUUUGCCCUGUCCGCAGACAGCUGUACACAGAGUGCUUUGAUGAGCUAAUCAGACAAGUUACCAUUAACUGUGCUGAGAGAGGAGUGCUGCUUUUACAAGUGAGAAAUGAAAUUCGCAUGACCAUUGAUGCCUAUCAGACCCUAUACGAGAGCAGUGUGGCCUUUGGUAUGAGGAAAGCUCUGCAGGCCAAGCAAGGGCAGUCAGACAUGGAGUUGAAGAUUACAGACUUGGAGAAUGAGAAGAGGGAACUGGAAAGACAGGUGAAUGAGCUGAAGGCUAAAUGUGAGGCGAUAGAGAGACGAGAAAAUGAACGGCGACAAGUGGAAGAGAAGAAACACACAGAGGAGAUCCAGUUUCUCAAGCGCACCAACCAGCAACUGAAGACCCAGCUGGAUGCCAUCAUUGCCCCAAAGAAAUAAAAGGUGUCAUGCUUCAUAUUAUUUCUAAACAAAAUCUUUCAAUAUAAUGUUUUGCCAUGUCCACUUUAUUUAGGAGUUCACCUGUGAUGGAGAUUUUCAGAAC